AAAGCCAAGGAGCGCGGAGCCGUGGUGGUGAAGGAGCCCUGGGUGGAGGAGGACAAAUUUGGGAAGGUGAAGUUCGCGGUGAUCCAGACGUAUGGUGACACCACCCACACCUUGAUAGAAAAGCUCAACUACAAGGGCCUCUUCCUACCCGGGUACCACCCGCCCCUCUUCAAGGACCCCCUGCUGCCAAAGUUACCGAGCACCAAGCUCAACUUCGUCGACCACGUCGUGGGGAACCAGCCUGACCUCCAGAUGGUCCCAGUGGCAGACUGGUACCAGAAGAACCUGCUCUUCCACCGCUUCUGGUCAGUGGACGACAAGCAGCUGCACACCGAGUUCAGCGCCCUGCGCUCCAUUGUGGUCACCAACUACGAAGAGACCAUUAAGAUGCCCAUCAACGAGCCGGCGCUCGGCAAGAAGAAAUCCCAGAUUCAGGAAUAUAUCGACUAUUACGGAGGGGCCGGAGUCCAGCACAUCGCACUGAACACCUCUGACAUCAUCUCAGCGAUCACCAACCUGAAGCAGCGGGGGAUGCAGUUCAUGGACGUGCCGUCCAGCUACUACCAGAUGCUGCGGGAGAGGCUGAAAACUGCCAAAAUCAAAGUGAAGGAGAACAUCGACAAGCUGGCGGAACUGAAAAUCCUGGUGGAUUUUGAUGAGAAAGGCUACUUGCUCCAGAUCUUCACCAAACCAGUUCAAGACAGACCCACGGUCUUUCUGGAGGUCAUCCAGCGGCAUAACCACCAGGGCUUCGGUGCCGGGAACUUCAAGUCUCUGUUUGAAGCAAUAGAAAUGGAUCAAGACGCGAGAGGAAACCUGACCAUCCUGGAGCCCAACGGGGAGACCAAGCGCAUCUAG